AUGAACAAAAUCAAGAUUGUUCUAAUAUUGAUGGCGGUAUUGUUCAAUGGAGUGGGUGCGCAGUUCGGCAACUAUGGUGUUUACCCGACAAGAGAAACGUCGAAAUCACCAGGGCAAAUUCCUCAUGGGCCGGGUGCUUCUGGAAUGAUUGGUGUGGGCGCGAACACUAUUGGCAAUAUCCUGCGAUCUAUGGGACUUGGAAAGCAUUUGGUUAACUCUUACAUAUCCUCAAAAAAGAGGGGAAAGAUUUGAUUUCCGUAAUAAGAAUACUUGAUUUGCUAUUGAUCUAAAAAUUUGGAACGCAU